AGUGUUACGAGGGACCGACGUUCACUUCGGACGCGCUGUUGGCUCUGCGCAUGUGUGGUGGUUUGUUCGUCCUGUGUUUGUGAGUGAGUGAGGCAACGAUGAACGCGGGCGUGGCGUCCAGGAACCCGGACCCUGUGUCCAUGCCCGUUGACCUACCUGUACGGCUUUACAUGCGGGCGCUACGACAGUACCAGAAGCUUCUCGACCCAAAACGUCUGGCUUCCAAAGACAAAGUCGCUGUGCCUGGCAAAGAGGAAGAACGUUGGCGCAACAAGGAUGAAGGUGCGCUCCUCUUCAAGAGAUGGGGUCGCACCCGUCCUUCAGUGGAGUCCGCUACAACGCCUAAUCCUGCUCCCACAGCACCCAAUGCACAACCCUCGGAUCUACUCAAGUUUCUAGCAAUUAAUGCUUUGGAACUAUCAGCUCCUGCUUCGGAUGCUCUUCUGAAGUCUCGAUCAUCGGAAUGGUUCCAACUAUCCGGCCACCCCGGUUCGCUAGCGCCGGCCGGGCCCGGUACGGUGUGGAAGCGCCGCGCCGCCGGCGACCAUCCCGGUCACAACCCCGAGCGCGAUACCUAUGAAGCGCUCGCCUCAUGUCCCCACAUGCGUGCCGCUAUUCCUCGCUACUAUCGCGAACUGGAAUACGGUGGCGAAUGCUUUAUUGAGCUCCAGGAUCUUUUGCAUGGAUUCCGGGAUCCUCAUGUUAUGGAUAUUAAGAUGGGGACCCGCACUUUCCUUGAAGAUGAAGUCAGCAACGCCCGAGCCCGAGGCGACCUUUACGAGAAAAUGGUCCGCCUCGAUCCCAAUGCGCCAACUGAAGCGGAACACGCAGCACGCGCUGUUACUAAACUGCGAUACAUGCAGUUCCGUGAACAGCGUUCCUCGUCCGCCGAACAAGGGUUCCGAAUCGAAGCCGUCAAGCUGCCCGGUCAGCCACCUCUCACUGAUCUUCAAAACGUCCGGGAGCCGCAACAGCUGGCGGCGACUGUAGCCCGUUUUCUAGGCAAAGAUGAGAGGGCCCGUCGUGGCAUCGCCGCGCGCCUUCGUGAAAUUCGAGAACUGUUUGAACGCUCCGAAUAUUUCAAGACCCACGAGAUCGUCGGCAGUAGCAUCUUCAUUAUUUACGACGAUGAACGCGUCGGAGCGUGGCUCAUUGACUUCGCUAAGACGAGGCGCGUGCCAGAAGGCACACAAGUGGACCACCGUGCUUCGUGGCAGCAAGGCAACCACGAAGAAGGAUUCCUUUAUGGUUUAGAUAGACUGAUAGAUACUAUAGAAACGGCAGAGUUGCCUUCAGAAGGCAGUAAAGCAGCAGAACCUGAUGUGUCGCGUUGAACCUUUGGCGAGAGAUCUACCUGGACUCGCCCUGUGCUCCUCACGCUGCCGUCACGGCUGCCGUUCCCGCGCCACUCCCCUUGCGUUUCAAACGGCGCUUGGAGAUGUUCACAAAUGUGAAUUGUGCAUAUGAAAGAGAAUCGCGAUGAAUCGCUUAUUAUUUUGAUCUAGUCCUUAAUUAUUUAAUAAAUUGUAUUGAUUUGUA